AUGAUUAUCACAUUGAUUCUUUUCACGUGCUUUGUUAGUCUUAUCACCGUAUAUUUCUUGACUUUAAAAUCUCGUUACUCGUAUUUUCGUGUUCGAAGCAUUCCAGGUCCAUCACCUACAUUUUUCUUUGGUCAUUUUGGUACUAUUUGGUCUACAAAAUUUUAUUCACGUCAGCUGCAAGAAUGGACACGCAAAUUUGGUUCGAUCUAUGGUCUUUUUGAAGGCACUCGUCCAUUAUAUAUUGUUUCCGAUGUUGAUUUUUUGCAACAAGUAUUUGUUCAUCAAUUUUCAUUGUUUAGCUCGCAUCGAGUCUCAUUUCUCUAUCAAUUAUCCAAAUCGGUCCACCUGAUUAGUGUUGGUCCAUCAAGAUGA